AUGCAGAGGCCUGGACACGCCUCGAGUGCUGCCAGCCCGGCUCCUUCUGGCACCUCAUGUCCCCCGAGCCUUCCUGGGUCCCCAGGGACGCUCCACACCGGCCCCCACACAGAACUGCCAGCCUGGAAGGCCGGUGGGCCCCGGGGCCUCGCAUGCACUGAGGGAGCCUCAGCCCCACCCCCGCCACGGAGCUUGAACCUGGAGCGUCCAGGCAGGGCUGUGAGCCCUCCCGAAACACGCUUACACCCAAACACGCUUACACCCAAACACGCUUACACCCAAACACGCUUACACCCAAACACGCUUACACCCAAACACACUUACACCCAAACACGCCUACAUCCAAACAAGCCUACACCCAAACAAGCUUACACCCAAACACACUUACACCCAAACACGCUUACACCCAAACACGCUUACACCCAAACACACUUACACCCAAACACGUUUAUACCCAAACACGCUUACACCCAAACACACUUACACCCAAACACACUUACACCCAAACAUGCUUACACCCAAACACACUUACACCCAAACACGCUUACACCCAAACACGCUUACACCCAAACAUGCUUACACCCAAACACGCUUACACCCAAACACGCCUACACCCAAACACGCCUACACCCAAACAUACUUACACCCAAACAUGCUUUCACCCAAACACACACCCAAACACACUUACACCCAGACAUGCUUUCACCCAAACUCGCUUACACCGCACGGCCUUCACACCCGCCUCACGGCGACGGGGCUUUGAUGGUGGGAAGUGAAAGCUCGCAGACGCCUCACCCUGGGCCGGCGUGGGACCAGGCGGGGUCAGUGGAGACAGGCCAGCGUCUGUGUGACUCGGAUUCCCAGCAGCAAACUGGGGGUGAAAGGUGGGACCCACCGGGCCGCUCGCUCGGUUGGUCUGAGCCGGGUUUGAGUUCUUGGUUCUGGAGUUGGACAGAGACUGAGUCUGCAGAGGUGAGUGACCGGCUGGGUGGGCAGGUGCAGAGCCCACCGGGAGCCGCGGGGAGGGGAGAGCCGGACGCCCCCUCGGCCCUCAGAGGCUGGCCCCUCCGCAGGGCUGCGGGCGCAGCCCCAGUUGGGGUGGCCCUCCUCGAGUGA